AGUUGUUUAAUAAAUAAAUAAAUAUGAGUUGAAUUGUUUAGGAUCAAAUUACAGGACGUGAAUAUUUUAUUCAAGUUCCGGGUAUUAAGCUGUCAAAUUGAACAAUUAGUUUUAAAAAAACAACACAUAGAGCUAUCACGCAAAAUAUUGUGCGGGCUGAGUUGUGAAUAUGAGAUGAAUUGUGAUCUUCUUGGAUAGUGAAAUCAGAAAAAAAAUGUCAGAGAAAAAUGUGAGAGAAUUAGAUAUAGCAUUUUGACAAAGUAUUAAAGGACUGAAUUAUAUACGUUUUUUCUUCCUUGUGUUAUACUGUUCCGGAUAAACUAGAAAAACGAGAAGUAUUUGUGAGCUCAAUUUUGGAUAUUAAAAAAAGGAAACAACAGAAAAAUGACGCAGUUAAAGUUUUGACUGACUACAGAGCUACAUUGUAAGUGCCAAUGGAACCGAACCGGGCUUUAAUGUGCUCUCGUUUUACUUAAGUGGCAUGGUGAUGCCCGUUCACAAAUAACAGAACAUGGUCCUGAAAAUAAUCAAAUACUUCAGAAGGAAGCUUGGAUAUAAUGUACUGUUGGUAUUUCUGACAGCAGCCUUUGUGUACGCAGUCCUGUGGAAUUCGAUUCUCGAGCGGCCGGAUGUGGCGGUAAAUGGACAACUGUACUAUUUAGAUAAAAGGAAUGGAACGCGCCGCAUACAGGAAGAUGGCCGCGAAGGGGUUUCGUACAAUUCCACGACAGCCAUGAGACAUGCUAAUAAAAGUGUCGACAAACAUGGAUGCGAAGAAUGGUUCGAAGAUUCGCUUGAGGAGAACUUAAAACAUAUUGCACGGUAUCCACGUGGAUCUGCCGACGACUACAUGCAUAAAAUUGCUGAAAAUUUGAACAAACCAAAGAGUUUACUGGAAACGUUUCCUGUUAUUGCAACAGCGGCUAAUUCCGGAUUUUAUGGCGUUUCCCAAGGCCUCAUCAAGUCUGUGUAUGAAAUUCUAUUGCCGAAAUACCAAAAUAUAACAAUUGUUUAUUAUGACAUGGGACUUACUGUAUACCAAAGAAAACAAUUAAAGCAAUACUGCACUAUUUGCGAGGUGAGGAUAUUUCCAUUUGACGACUUCCCAGAGCACGUGAGAAAACUCAAAACAUACGCAUGGAAACCAAUUAUAGUCAAGACUUUGUUGCUGGAAUUCGGAUGGGUAUGGUGGAUGGACAGUUCUGUUCGUUUUAUUACCAACGACCUAGAUCGUGGUCUAAAAUACAGUCAAGAUAAUUCUAUUCUAUUUUUUACCUAUGGUGUCGUGUUCGCUGUCGCAAGACACACAGACAUUCAGACUAUGCAGUACUUUGGAGAGGACCGAUGCAAAUUCCGCCAUUUUGGUGAGGUGGAAGCCACGUUUGUACUUUUCCAUUUUGAUGACGUCACAAACAUUUUAGUUGACCAGUGGGCUGCGUGCGCACUCAGUAACGAUUGUAUUGCCCCUGACGGGACGGACAAGAAGUUGUCAUGUCGAAUCAGUAAUCGCUAUGACGGUCGAUGUCACAGAUUCGACCAGGCCGUUCUCAGCAUUUUAUUACGAAGGCUGUACCACGAGAAAAAUGAUUACCCUUUGGUGCCUACACCGUUCCAUAUUCACGAAAUAAAACGAGGAAACGCAAUUUCCUACUUCCCUAAAUGAGGAGAAGUGAAAAAUAUGCGAUAAAUAUGGUGCUUGUUGAGUUUGAGAUUUUCAGAGAUAACAUUGGAGUGUAAUGUCUAAUAACCAGGAAUGGAGACAGUUAUUUCCCGGAAAUGAGACAGAUAAUUCUCGGAGUGGAGACAGUUAAUUACCGGAGUGUAGACUUUUGUUUUCCCGGAACAUACACCAUUAUUAUGCCACUGUUUAUAGUAUGUCCUAGAAGAUAAACAGUUCAAAAGAGUAAAAUUUAUUUCAGACACAACGCGGAUAUAUUCAGGAAUGAAUUUUUACCGGAAUGAAGAUGAUUACAUCUUGGAGAAAAGACAAGGAUUUGACGAUUGAGUAUCAUUAUCUGCCGAAAUGGAGAUUUCUUUCAAAUAGUACUGCAUUCCAGGGUGACAUUUUUCCUUAUGUUGGGAAAAUAUAUUUUCUUGUAGUGGAGAAAGUUUUCUGAUUAAAUAUUAAAGUUUCCAUAUUAAUUUAUAUUAUGUCGCACUAGGUAGCGCUGUUCACACUGUUGGCCAACCCAUUUGCCAUUUUCGUAGGUAUGUUUUAUAUACUGAACAAAACAGCUAAAUUGGCCGCCAUUUGCUAUCUACCUAUUUAAUAUUAAGCAUGCAUAUAGAUUAACAUGUUGUUAUAAAAAUCAAACAUGGCACGUUCAAAUAUAAUUCUUUAAUGAGAA